AUGUUGAAUUCAGAAAGUGAAACGGUGAUCUCACUAAAACUUGCCGGCAAUAAACAGCUCACAUCGUUGGGAUUUUAUCCAAAAAUUCUGGGCGUUGCGAUUUAUAUUGAAGACAAUCCGAAGUUGUGCAUUUCACCGCAAGGCAUGAUCGCGAUUACAAUUCCCACACAAAACACCGACAAAAUAUUCGAUGUGACGAUUUGCGAGGAUUCCGAAACACCCGAGAACUUCUGCGUCAACCCGAAAUCGGGCAAAUUGAAGGAUCUCAAAGAGAAUUGCCUGUAUUUUUUCGGCGACUUGGUUAUUGAUGAAAAUUUCGAUUUUGAGAAUUCUUACAAAUUGAAUUCCAUUGAGGUCAUAUAUGGAAGAGAUCCGCCGACACUCGAGGACCAACUAAAGGAUGAGACCCCUUUGAAUAUCGAUGUAUUUCGCGGCCUUCCACAAUAUUAUAAGUUGACUGAAAAUCAGAACGAAUUUCAUAGUGAAUCUGUUGACACUAAUGGACCGAAUACUGGAAGUGGUGAGAAUAAAACGAAGAGUGUUGAUGCGGAGAAAGACUAUUCCAUAAAUUUGAGCCUUCAGUUCCCUUGUCUCGUUUUUAUAUUCCAUCUCUAUCUUUAA